UCACCUCAAAUAUCCACGGUUGAGCGGCCCAAGAGGAGUUAGUUGGCCGUCUGGAGCUCCUUGAACGUGACACGAGUUAUUUUACGAUUUCUCCGUAAUUCUACGUUUGUAAGACUACGACAACGUUCAACCUGCAGAGACUUCUUUGAAAGCUAUGGAGUUUCCAGAUUUGGGCGAGCAAUGUUCAGAGAAGACCUGCAAGCGUUUAGACUUCCUUCCCAUGAAAUGCGAUGCCUGUCAAGAGAUCUUCUGCAAGGACCACGUCACUUAUGCACACCACAAAUGCACUUCGUCUUACAAAAAGGAUAUCCAGGUCCCAGUGUGCCCACUGUGCAACAUCCCCAUUCCCAUCAAGAGAGGAGAGAUGCCUGAUAUUAAAGUUGGGGAGCACAUCGAUCGGGAUUGUAAAUCGGACCCUGCGCAACGGAAAAGAAAGAUAUUUACCAACAAGUGCUCCAAAGGCGGCUGCAAGCAGAAGGAAAUGAUGCGCGUGACAUGUGACCAGUGUCAUCUAAAUUACUGUCUUAAACACCGGCACCCGCUCGACCAUGAUUGUAAGAGCGACGGCAAACCUCUGUCCCAGGCCGGACAUGCCGCUUUCAUGAGAGCUCAGAGUUCCUCCUCUGCCUCAUCCUCACCAGGACACUCCAGAUCAGUUUCUAAUGGUGGCAGUGCAGCCAGCAGAGGGCACAGUAGCAACACAAGCAGACCGAUGCCGACCUCUGUAUCGGCACACAAUGUGGUGCAGCCGUCGGCGUCCUUUCAGGCGGGCAUGACUGAGGAGCAGGCCUUACAAAGAGCUCUAGAGAUGUCAUUGGCCGAGUCCAGACCUCCCACACAGGCUACCCUCAGUCCGCAGGAGCAGGAGGAUCUGGCGCUAGCUCAGGCACUGGCCGCCAGCGAGGAAGAGUACAGGCGCCAGCAGCAGAGACAACAGGUACCGGUCGGAACAGUUAGCCAGCACUAACGUUCUAGCAUAUAGGGCCGAGAGUCCAAACAGUCUAACUGCAGCCUUUCUUAAGCUCAGAUUGCUGCUUUCCAAUUUUUUUCCCCCUUCCCAAACUGUGGUAAUGUUCCACCAGCAACCUCACAGACUGGAUCCUUAAUAUCCAGCAUGAAUGAUUGUUUUUAUUUUUCAACAAAAUGAUCAACUGUUACUCGCUUGCCGCCUUCUACACUGAAAAACGAAGCACACACAUCCAGCAGGUUCUGUCAUUUUUGCCAAUGAGUUGCUCUGUACAUAUUUUAUACAUAUGCUGAUCAUCAAACUGCUAUUUUGCAGUCUAUGAAGAAUUAUUAAAUUAUUUCAAACACUUA